AGUUCUGUCUGGCGGCCAUCCCGGAAGUGGGCGAAGGCGGUUGUGGUCAGUGCUUGCCCGCUCCCUCCUCGGCCCGGGCUGGCUGUGCCGGUGCUGCUGCUGCUGGCGCCAUGGCCGACUCGGACCCGUGCUAUCCCCGCUCCUCCAUCGAGGAUGACUUCAACUACGGCAGCUGCGUGGCGUCGGCCAGCGUGCACAUCCGCAUGGCCUUCCUCAGAAAAGUCUACAGCAUCCUCUCUCUACAAGUUCUCCUAACCACAGUGACCUCUGCCCUGUUCCUGUAUUUCGAGUCUGUGCGGACAUUUGUCCAUGAAAGCCCUGCUUUAAUUUUGGUGUUUGCUCUCGGAUCUCUGGGCUUGAUUUUUGCGUUAACUUUGCACAGACACACACAUCCUCUGAACCUCUACCUGCUGUUUGCAUUUACACUGUUGGAAGCUCUGACUGUGGCAGUUGUUGUUACUUUCUAUAAUGUGUACCUGGUUCUGCAAGCUUUUAUACUGACUACUGCAGUCUUUCUUGGCUUGACUGCCUAUACUCUACAGUCAAAGAGAGAUUUCAGCAAGUUUGGAGCAGGGCUGUUUGCUGUUUUGUGGAUUUUGUGCUUGGCAGGAUUCUUGAAGGUUUUCUUCUAUAGUGAAACCUUGGAGCUGCUCUUGUCUUCUCUGGGCGCCCUUCUUUUCUGUGGAUUCAUCAUCUAUGAUACCCACUCGCUGAUGCACAGACUGUCUCCUGAAGAGUAUGUGCUAGCUGCCAUCAGUCUCUACUUGGACAUCAUCAAUCUGUUCCUGCACCUGCUGAGGUUUCUGGAGGCAGUUAAUAAAAAGUAAUUGAACAGUCUACGGAGACCAUUUUAUUAUGUAAAACAUUUGAACUACACUUGAGUAUUAAAAUCAUUUGUGACCUUU